UGCAAUUGGUUGUUGUUUGUGGGUUUUUUUUUUUUUAAACCUCGUUACACUGACUAUCAGAGGGUGAAGUGUUUCCAUUGUGGAUCUAGUGCACUUUAUUUGCUUAUAUAAGCUCUUGUUUUGAAUCUCAUGUAGUGCAUUUAUACAGGGAAUAAGGAGGUAUUUGGGCUCAGCCUGUGGUUGUGGCUCUAGCAGGCACUCGAUGCUGAUGCAGUAAAGACAAGCAGCUGAUCAAGGUCUGUGCUCUUGUGUCUGUGGUGGACUUUGGAAACCAUGAGUCGCUUUUUGAAUUUGUUAAGGAGCUGGCUUGUCAUGGUGUCUGUGAUCGCUCUGGGCAACACUGUACAGAGCUUCCGUGACCACAGCUUUCUGUCUGAGAAACUUUACACGGGCACACCAGAUUUUGUAAAUGGCCUUCAAGCACGGACCUUUGGAAUAUGGACCUUACUGUCAUCCAUUAUUCGCUGUGCGUGCGCCAUGGACAUUCAGAACAGGAUGCUUUAUCAUGUCACAUUGUGGACAUUUGUUCUGGCUCUUGGACACUUCCUGUCCGAAGCCUUUAUGUACAAAACAGCUCAACUUACCAUUGGAGUUAUGGCUCCUCUUUUUGUGGCAGGUUGUUCUAUUGUGGGCAUGUUAAUUGGGUUCCAGUGCAUCAUAGAGCCACAGGAAGUAACUGGAGCGAGGCAGAAAAAAAGGAACUGAAUCUAUGCCCCAGUGACUCGUUAUGGUGCAGUAUCACUCACACUCAAAGAACAUUGGAUGGGUUCACCGCUGCUGACUAAGGACAAAGACAUACCGAUUGAACAGAACCAUAUCUAUUCAUAUAUUCAUAUGCCACUGUGUGGACUGGUUUUGUAAUACUGUUGGCCAAGCAUAUCAUAUUAAAGGAGUGAUGAAAAGAU